AUGCCGCCGGCGCCAGCCGCCGUCGUGCCGGAGCCGCAGAAGCUUUCGCCGUCGCCGACGUCGCAGCAGUGCCUCCGCCGGCCGCGCUCGCCGCUCGCCAACGGCUCGGCCGCCGGCGACUUCGAGCUGCGGCACUGGCGCACGCCCAAGAAGCGCGGCGCGGCGCCGUCGCCGGCCGCGCCGCGGUGGCCGCCGCCGCCCGUGAUCGAGAUACCCAACGGCGCCGGCAGCGACGGCGACGACGACAGCAACAGCAGCGGCGGCGGGGGGCACGGGUACACCAGCCUCCGGGACAUCCUGUCGUCGCCGGAGUACGCCGCGGUGGGCGGCUCGCCCGGGGCCUGCGGCGGCAUCGGCGGCAGCGGGUGCGGCAGCUACGGGGACAUACACAUGAUCCGGCACCCGCUGGUGAAGCACGCGGCGUACGCGUACCUGCAGAUGACGCCGUCCGCGAGGGAGGACCCCGGCCGCCGCGGCCGGCGCUGGCGCAGCCCGCUCUGCCGCCUGCUGCUCGGCUGCCUGAGCUUCAUCGGGGCGCUCUUCCGGCCUUGA